AUGAGUUCAUCCACCUCCUACUCCAGUUCCCAAACUCGUAGAGUAACAGUUGGUAUACCAACUCGAUGUUGGUGUGGUUCCACUCUCACCACUUUCGGAUCAAAAACGAAGGAGAACUUAUUCCGUCGGUUCUACAGGUGUGAAAUCGGCGUUAGGAGACAAAACGAAGACCAUUUGUUCAAAUGGAUAGACGAGGCGAUUAUUGAUGAGAUUAACAUGGUAGAUGCUAAAGUGUCUAAGCUUCAAGCAGAUUUGGGAAGUUUCAUGAAGUCAACCUCCGAUCUCUUCGACAAACAGGAGAAUUACAUGGACGGCGCCAUCAACGACAUCAAAAACCUUCUCCAACAGCAAACAAAUCUCACAAAUCAAACCAUCCAAUCGUCCGGACCAGAGAAAGCUAAAUCCAACAUUCUCAACAUUGCUACUGCUGCAGUUGUCUUCGGAACAAUGGCCUUCAUCUAUGCCAAGCUCACUAACUAA